AUGGCAACGAAACCAGCUGUUAACAUAGUUUUUGGUGCUAUGACGAUUGGCAAGGGUAGCGAUGAGUCUCGAGUUAGCGAUCUGCAAGUGGCUAAGGAACUCCUGGACACCUUCCAGUCUCAUGGCUACAAUGAGGUUGAUACUGCACGGUUUUAUGGUUCUGGUACUUCUGAGGAGUACCUUGGCAACCUUAAAUGGCAGGAUCGAGGCAUUAUUAUGGAUACGAAGUGCUAUCCGACAAUAGUUCUACCAGGUGUUAAGGAUCAAUGGAGUCACAGGCCAGAGGACUUACGAGCAAAUCUUAAGCAAUCCUUGAAAGCUCUGCAAAGCGACAAAAUUGCAAUGUGGUAUUUGCAUGGACCCGACCGAUCGACGCCCUAUAUUGAUACUCUGAGAGCAGUCAACGAUCUUCAUAAAGAAGGAUUGUUUGAUCGCUUCGGUAUUUCGAACUAUAUGGCAUGGGAGGUAGCGCAGAUAUGUGAGAUUUGUGACGCUAACGACUGGAUUAAACCAGUUGUGUAUCAAGGCAUUUACAAUGUACUGCUUAGAGCAGUUGAGCCUGAGCUAUUUCCUUGCUUGAGGCAUUAUGGUAUGGGUUUCUACGCAUAUAAUCCCCUUGGUGGUGGCUUUUUAACCGGACAAAUGGAGGAACACACAUCCGUGGAGAAAGGAUCUCGGUUCGACCCGGAAUCAAGGCAAGGGAAGCGCUAUCGACAACGCUAUUGGAACGAUGCGUAUUUCAAGGCAAUGGAACUUAUACGACCCGCCGCAGAGAAGCAUGGGCUUCGUAUAGCUGAGGUGGCUCUACGAUGGAUGACCAACCACAGCAAACUUGGUUCUGAAUAUCCAGAUGCUGUAAUACUCGGGGCAAGCAGCCAGAAACAUGUGGAACAGAACAUACUAGACUUGGAAGGAGGCCCGCUACCGGAUGAGGUUAUAACUGCACUAGACAGAGCCUGGGAGCUGGUCAGACCUCUCACAGGCAGGUAUUGGCACUAA